AUGGAAAACCAAUCAAAAGGAAAACAACAAAAGCUCGCCUACAACCAUACCAACAACAACUACGACAACAACUUUCCGUCAACGUUGAACAACAGCAAGAAAACGGCUUUUCUACAGCAACGACGCCUCUUCGGUGGCGGUGCAUUGGCAUCGUCACCAGCGACUGGUGGCGGCGGCACCAACACCGUCACCGAGGUCAUAUUGCAGCGUUCGCAAUCACAGCAGCAACAACAGUCGGAAAGAAGUAGCAACUUCAGCUUGAGCAGUCAUCACAGCAACAGCGUUGGCAGCGCAAGCAGUGUUGGUAGUGGCGGCGCAGAGCGGAGUGUUGGCGAACGCAGUGGCAAUAGCACCGGUAAUGGCAUACUAACCAAUGGCAACAACAAUAUUGCUAGCAUUAUCAACAGCAUCAAUAGCAGCAAUAGUGGCAGUGGCACUGGCAGUAAUCAUAAUUUUAAUAGCAACAACAUAAACAGCAACAACAAUUGCAAUGGCAAUACAAGCGUAAAUAUUGGCAGUAGCAGCGGCGGCAGUGGACGCUAUCGACCGCCAUUAUUUCCGAAACGUAAGUACAUUCGAUUAUACCUAAGUAUAUUGAGAAUGGUAAAGCUAAGUGAUACUUAUGAGUUGUAG